GAGAGAGACACAGACAGAAAGACAGAAAGGCAUAAGCACAGAGAGGCAAGGAGAAAUAUGGCCACAGAGUUACAGAAAGGAAGCAACCUCCAAAGAUGAAGAGAGACAGACCCAGAAGGAUGCAGGCGAGAGGAGAAACAGAGAGAAGAGGGGCUUGGAGAGGUGACAGAGGCAGGCGGGCAGGCGCACACACCCCACCCCCAGGGCAGUAAGGCAGGGCGAGGAGGCCCAGUCAUCCGGGCCACCCGCACCUGCCUUCCUCCUGAUGCUCUGACCCAAUCUGCCUCUGACCCAAACCGCCGCAGCUGCCACCGCCGCCGCCACCAGCCGGCACCCAGAGCCCCAGUCCCAGAGCCUAAGAACCUGGGGCCUGCCCUUCCCCUCUCCAGGCCAUGAUGAUUCUUCAGUUAAUCAUGCUUGCUCUGGUGACAGGGCAUGUAGGGGGAGAGACCAGGAUCAUCAAGGGGUACCAGUGCUCUCCUCAUUCCCAGCCCUGGCAGGUGGCUCUGUUCCAGAAGACGCGACUGCUCUGUGGGGCAACCCUCAUCGCUCCCAAAUGGCUCCUGACAGCAGCUCACUGCCGCAAGCCCCGAUAUGUAGUUCAUCUGGGGGAACACAACCUCCAGCGGCGGGAUGGCUGUGAGCAGACCCGAACGGCCACCGAGUCCUUCCCCCACCCAGACUUCAACAACAGCCUCCCCAACAAAGACCACCGCAAUGACAUCAUGCUGGUGAAGAUGGCAACUGCAGCCUUCAUCACUAGGGCCGUGCGACCACUCACCCUGUCAUCGCGCUGUGUCACUGCGGGCACCCGCUGCCUCAUUUCUGGCUGGGGCACCACGUCCAGCCCCCAGUUGCACUUACCCCAUACGUUAAGAUGCGCCAACAUCACCAUCAUUAAGCACGAGGAGUGUGAGAAGGCCUACCCCGGCAACAUCACAGACACCAUGGUGUGUGCCAGUGUUCGGGAAGAGGGCAAGGACUCCUGCCAGGGUGACUCUGGGGGCCCUCUGGUGUGUGACGGGUCUCUUCAAGGCAUUAUCUCCUGGGGCCAGGAUCCAUGUGCUGUCACCAGAAAGCCUGGUGUCUAUACAAAGGUCUGCAAAUAUGUAGACUGGAUCCAGAAGACUAUGGAUAAUAACUAGCCAGGACCAGCCCAACACCCCUGAUCUCUACUUGGCGAUGUGGCUCUUACUCAUUCUGUUAAUAGUCAAGCCUGAGCGAGGACAUUUUUAUGUAUUUUCUUUUCAGCUUCCUGAACUAUGAAAGAGGCUGUGGCUUAAUAAUCUGCUUGGGGUUUGGAAUCAGUGAGGCCCGGGUUCAAAUCUUGUCUUGUAUUAAUUUGUGAUCUGGAAGAGAUAAUAGUUGUUUCAUUCACUGUUGUGUCCUUGAGCCCCAAAGAC